AUGUGUGAGUGGGGGGCACAGGGGGGCGACAUUUGGGACAUACACUUGACUGACGGGAAGAGUGGUAUACCAAUGGACGCGAGACAACGCCUGAACCAAUUGAGACGAUUGCCGACGAAGAGGAAUAGAAACGCGGGACCUGUUGGCCGACCAGUGAGUGAUUUGCGGCAAAUGAUCACUCGUAAGCCCAUCGGUGGUAACAGGUUUGGGAGCAACAACACCAACAACAAGACUGGCAGACGGUUAGCGAUCACCGCAACGGGUAUCACAACUGCGAGACAACGACAGCCGCAGAGACUGCAGACCCAGAAGAGGGUGUCUUUGGAUAACGACCAGAGGAUGCCAAUAGUUUCGGUGAAUUUGUCGCAAAUCAGAGACAAUUCGCGGCUGAAGUUGACUCCAAAGCCAUUCGUCAAAGACGUGAUAAGAGAGAAACAUAAGAGGACUAGAAAUGAGCCCAAAAGGCAGAGACAGACAAUUGUCUCGUCCACUCAACCCAUUAUUAUUCCUCAGAUGGUGCAGAUGUUGCCGCAGACAUCGACGGCUGCUUAUGGCAUGCCUUCCUCGUCAGCCGUCACCCCAAAGCCCUACUUAACGGACGACUCGAAGAGCACGGUUUUGGUGUCAAACCUGAACCCAACCAUCACUUUGGAUGACAUGAAAGAACUGUUUGGUGAGAUCGGACAACUGGUUCGCAUCACUCGUGUGAACAGUUCAAUGGUAUUCAUCGUAUUCGAGGACCCAAUCAAUGCUAAGACCGCGUGUCAGACCUAUCACAACAGACUCUUAGACGGACUUCCCAUGAGUUGUAAUAUACUGUCCAAUUCGGUCAACGAGUUUGAACUCGACUCACACCCAACCCCUCGCACCACACAUUACCGUAGAGACGAUUCCGGACUAUUAGCCUCAGACUCUUAG